UCUUCAUCAUUUGGAAAGGAAAGAAUAGAAAAGAAAAUUUAACUCACUAUCUUUUUCAGACAUUCAACUCAUAAAAUCUCCAAAAACCCUUCUCUCUCUGUCCUUUCCUUCUUCCUUCUCUUUCUCUUUUAUUUGGUGCUACAUGGAGAAAUAAAACAUGAAGUCUUCUUCUUCUUCCCCUUUCUUCCAAGAUAAACUACAUCAGUAUAAUAAAAAAGAGAGAUGCCUCAACAUGGGGAUGCUCCCUCCAUUCUUCUUGUCUUCUCUUGUUGUAACUGUCAUAUUCAUACUCUUCAUUCUCUAUUCCCCAAACCCUUUAAAGGCCAUGUCCAAACGUGACCUUGAUCAAAGGCUUGCCUUGAUCAGACCUCCUAAUACUACCUUUCAAGGUGAUGAUGAUGAGAUUUUGAACUGUGACUUGUUUAAGGGUCAUUGGAUACCUGACCUGCAAGGGUCUCAAUAUACAAACUCAAGUUGCACCACAAUUCCUACAUCAAAGAAUUGCUUCCACCAUGGAAGGGAAGACACAGAUUUUCUGAAUUGGAGAUGGAAACCAGACCAAUGUGAUCUUCCAAGGUUUGAUCCUAAGACAUUCCUAGAAUUUGUUCAAGGAAAGAAACUUGCGUUUGUUGGUGACUCAGUUGCCAGGAACCACAUGGAGUCCCUUCUGUGUCUCCUGUCAAAGGUAGAAACUCCCAAAGAUCAGUACAAGGAUUCAGAAGACAGGAAGCGUAUAUGGUACUUUCCUGAUCAUGACUUCACUCUCAUGAUCCUUUGGACCAAAUUCCUUGUAGCUGGUGAGGAAAGAGUGGUCAAUGGUUCAUCAUCUGGCAUUUUUGACUUGCACCUUGACAAAAUUGAUAAAGAAUGGAGCAGAGAUCUUCCUGCUCUAGACUACGUUAUCAUCUCAGAUGCACAUUGGUUCUUCCGACCGAUUUACCUACAUGAUGCCACUGGGGUUGUUGGAUGCGUAUAUUGCAAUACUCCAAAUGUGACGGAUUAUGGGGUGGGCUUCGCGCUCAAGAUGGCCUUUCGAUCUGCAUUAAGUCAUAUUAACCGCUGCAAGAAAUGCAAGGUGAGGGUUACCCUCGCCAGGACAUUUUCACCAGCUCAUUUUGAGAAUGGGACUUGGAACACCGGAGGAAGCUGCAACAGAACAAGUCCUUUAAGUGAAGGAGAGAUCAACUUGAGUAGUAAUGAAUGGGAACUGAGGAGCUUGCAAAUGGAGGAGAUCGAAAAGGCGAGAAUAGAAGGAGAUAAGAGAGGGAAGAGGUUUGGAGUUUUGGAUGUCACCAGGGCUAUGCUCAUGAGACCUGAUGGGCACCCUGGCCAAUACUGGGGAAACAAAUGGAUGAGGGGUUACAAUGACUGUGUUCACUGGUGCUUGCCAGGUCCGAUCGAUGUAUGGAAUGAUUUUCUGAUGGCGGUUCUGCGAAGGGAAGCUGCAUUAGUUUCUUAGUUAAGGGCCAGGUCGAUUAGUUAGAAUCUUAUACCAUACAUAUUUACAUCUUAAUAAUUGUCCUCGAUUUUUUCUCUCCCUGGGCAUAUAUUUUUUAUGGCCAACAGAUGGAAUUUUUUUUAUUGUUAAUACAAUAAAUUGACAUAUGUUUUCCCUGUAAUAGCAAAUAUCAUUGAUCCUGCA